UAGCGACUAACGUGUUUUAUGCUAUAUUAUAAUGGGUUCACCCAAGUAUCUUUUGCUGAUUUUGUUUUGUUGGGCGUACUUGGUUUUAAAGGCAGAAUGUCUACCCAAAGAGCUUGCGGCGAGUGACGGAGAUACCAAAGCUGGUCUACUAGAGCUUUGCAAGGAUUUUAUACCAGCCCGGGCAAACAAGGUCCUCUGCCUCGUCUGCAAGGGUUUCGACAUCACCUGCCUGUUCCGAAGUACCACUACUAUAGCACCAACUACUACUCCCUCCACCACUCCAUCCACCACCACUACUGAAGUCACCACCACCACUACGCCUGCUCCACCUGAAGAAGAAUGAAGUUUUAAAAGGAUUUACAUGUUAUUUUUUAUUAUGAUAUUAAUCUAGAGUUGUCUUAAAUUUCUAUGUACUUUUUUGUGUGCAAACUGGAUUUCUUAAUGAUACACGCGAUUUUUUGUUUUUUAACCGCGUUUUCUUU